AUGCAUUUUUCGUCUCCCAAAAUGGUUUGCGAGACUAAAAUUGUUGCGGACGAACACGAUGCUAUACCUGGGACCAAAAAAGAGUCGAUCAUGUGGAGCUCUCCUCCGUCCAGCGCGGCUCUAAACCCCGCCGAGGCCAAGGAUGUGAGGAAAGAUGCGGUUUUCAUCCGCGAGUUCGAACUCGGGGAUCAGGAGGAGGUGCGGCGCAUCUUUUACGAGGGUAUUAUGGAGAGGAUACCCAAUACGGCGUUUAGGGGGCUCAGACAGCAGCCCAAGACCCAGUUUUUAUACGCUCUUCUGACAGUAAUGUGCUUUUACGUGACCAAAUCCGUCACGCUGACCUGCUGUGCACCUCUCAUUCUCAUGGGUGCGCGCUACUACUACAGCAGAAAAGUUAUCCAGAGUUAUCUGGACUGUGCUCUGCACACGGACAUGGCUGACAUAGAGGCUUAUUACAUGAAACCCACAGGAGUUCCAGUCCGGGUGUGA